AUGUCGACAGGGGUGCUGAAGCUGAACCUCACCGGCCACAACGAAUCCGUCCGAAGCCUUGACGUGAGCAAGCGCUCGCCCUACCUGUUCAGCGGUAGUGAUGAUCACUCCAUCAAAUGCUGGGAUCUCGAGCGAAAUGAGGCGAUUCGCAGCUUUUUUGGCCAUCGCGGGGGCGUGCAUAGCAUCGUUACCCAUCCUAGUUUAGAUAUUAUUGUGAGCGGGGGGAGGGAUCGAGUCGUUCGGGUGUGGGAUAUCCGCACACGAGCCGCCGUUCAGAAUCUUUUUACGCACACCGACAGCAUUAUGUCAUUAGUUUGCCAGCAAACUGAUCCGCAGAUUAUUUCGGGCGGGAGUGAUGGGUUUAUUUGUUUAUGGGAUCUAGCAGCCGGGAAACUUGAUAGGCGGUUGACGCGUCAUAAAAAACCAGUGCGUGGUUUGACAAUGAAUACGACGGGAAGAAUGCUGAUUUCGUGUGGGGCAGAUGAUAUCCGAGUGUGGGAUAUACCUUCAGGGGAUUUUUUGUGCACUGCGAACACCACCCUCGAUGCUAAAGCAACGGAACAUCGUUCAAAGCGGCGAAAAGCGGAAGGAAAUGGCGGUCAAAAGAGUGGGAAAGCGGCUGUUGUGGAGGAGGAGGAGUUUGCAUAUCGUUGGAGCGCCUGUACAAUGAGCCCGCGUGAGGUUCUUGCUGUCGGUGGCGCAGAUGGUGAACUUGCAUUUUAUGACUGGAAUACUCCGCAACCCAUUCCUGUCUCCGCUGAUGAGGGGAGGAGUUAUCAUUUCCGUCCGUAUCAGUUCACGAAAACAAAGCCGAUACCUGGAACUUUACUUGGAGAAGGGGGCAUUAAUGCGAUGGUGUACGACUUCUCCGGUACGCGUCUUAUUACUGCAGAAAGCGAUAAAAGUAUAAAGAUGUGGAAGUUACAAGAGGCAUAA